AAACAACCAGGCAGCAGUUAUUAACACGGGAACAUGGCGGCCGCAGCCUCAGCUACAGCUUCGGCGGCGAAGGUCAGCGCCGACGGCAGCCGGCACCUGACGGCGUGACCGACCGGAGCCGAUUUCUCUUGGAUUUGGCUACAAGCUUAUAGAUCUUCUGCACUGUGUACAGGCACAGUUGCUGAUAUGUGUUCAAGAUGAGUGGGAUGGGAGAAAAUACCUCUGACCCAUCCAGGGCAGAGACAAGAAAGCGCAAGGAAUGUCCUGACCAGCUUGGACCCAGCCCCAAAAGGAACACUGAGAAACGUAAUCGUGAACAGGAAAAUAAAUACAUAGAAGAACUUGCAGAGCUGAUUUUUGCAAAUUUUAAUGAUAUAGACAACUUUAACUUCAAACCUGACAAAUGUGCAAUCUUAAAAGAAACUGUGAAGCAAAUUCGUCAGAUCAAAGAACAAGAGAAAGCAGCAGCUGCCAACAUAGACGAAGUGCAGAAGUCAGAUGUGUCAUCUACAGGGCAAGGCGUCAUCGACAAGGAUGCACUGGGGCCUAUGAUGCUGGAGGCCCUGGAUGGGUUCUUCUUUGUAGUGAACCUGGAAGGCAACGUGGUGUUUGUUUCAGAGAAUGUGACACAGUAUCUAAGGUAUAACCAAGAAGAGCUGAUGAACAAAAGUGUAUAUAGCAUCCUGCAUGUUGGGGACCACACUGAAUUUGUCAAAAACCUGCUGCCAAAGUCUAUAGUGAAUGGGGGAUCUUGGUCUGGCGAACCUCCUAGGCGGAACAGCCAUACCUUCAACUGCCGGAUGCUGGUAAAACCUUUACCUGAUUCAGAAGAGGAAGGUCAUGAUAACCAGGAAGCACAUCAGAAGUAUGAAACUAUGCAGUGCUUUGCUGUCUCUCAACCAAAGUCCAUCAAAGAAGAAGGAGAAGAUUUGCAGUCCUGCUUGAUUUGUGUGGCAAGAAGAGUCCCCAUGAAGGAACGACCUGUUCUUCCCUCAUCAGAAAGUUUUACCACUCGUCAGGAUCUUCAAGGCAAGAUCACUUCUCUGGACACUAGCACCAUGAGAGCAGCCAUGAAACCAGGCUGGGAGGAUCUGGUGAGGAGGUGCAUUCAGAAGUUCCACGCACAGCACGAAGGGGAAUCUGUGUCCUAUGCUAAGAGGCAUCAUCAUGAAGUACUGAGACAAGGAUUGGCCUUCAGUCAAAUCUAUCGUUUUUCCUUGUCUGAUGGCACUCUUGUUGCUGCACAAACGAAGAGCAAACUCAUCCGUUCUCAGACUACUAAUGAGCCUCAGCUUGUAAUAUCUUUACAUAUGCUUCACAGAGAACAGAAUGUAUGUGUAAUGAAUCCGGAUCUGACUGGACAAGCGAUGGGGAAGCCAUUGAAUCCAAUUAGCUCUAGCAGCCCUGCCCAUCAGGCCAUGUGCAGUGGGAACCCAGGUCAGGACAUGACCCUCAGUAGCAAUAUAAAUUUUCCCAUGAAUGGCCCAAAGGAACAAAUGGGCAUACCCAUGGGCAGGUUUGGUGGUUCUGGGGGAAUGAACCAUGUGUCAGGAAUGCAAGCAACCACUCCUCAGGGUAGUAACUAUGCACUCAAAAUGAACAGUCCCUCACAAAGCAGCCCUGGCAUGAAUCCAGGACAGCCCAACUCCAUGCUCUCACCAAGGCAUCGUAUGAGUCCUGGAGUGGCUGGCAGUCCUCGCAUCCCACCCAGUCAGUUUUCCCCUGCAGGAAGCUUGCAUUCCCCCGUGGGAGUUUGCAGCAGCACAGGAAAUAGCCAUAGUUAUACCAACAGUUCCCUCAAUGCACUUCAGGCCCUCAGUGAGGGGCAUGGGGUCUCAUUAGGGUCAUCGUUGGCUUCACCGGACCUAAAAAUGGGCAAUUUGCAAAACUCCCCAGUUAAUAUGAAUCCUCCCCCACUCAGCAAGAUGGGAAGCUUGGACUCCAAAGACUGUUUUGGACUUUAUGGGGAGCCAUCGGAAGGUACAACUGGACAAGCGGAGAGCAGUUGCCAUCCUGGAGAGCAAAAGGAGACAAAUGAUUCCAGCAUGCCCCCGACCACAAGUGGGGAGAGAGCUGAGGGACAGAACAGGCUGCAUGACAGCAAAGGGCAGACCAAACUCCUGCAGCUGCUGACCACCAAGUCUGACCAGAUGGAGCCUUCACCCUUACCCAGUUCAUUGUCGGACACAAACAAGGACUCCACAGGGAGCUUGCCUGGAUCUGGGUCUACACAUGGGACCUCACUCAAGGAAAAGCAUAAAAUUUUGCACAGACUCUUGCAGGACAGCAGUUCCCCUGUGGACUUGGCCAAGUUAACAGCAGAAGCCACAGGCAAAGAGCUGAGCCAGGAGUCCAACAGCACAGCUCCUGGGUCAGAAGUGACUGUUAAACAAGAGCCAGUGAGCCCCAAGAAGAAAGAGAAUGCACUACUUCGCUAUUUGCUAGAUAAAGAUGAUACUAAAGAUAUUGGUUUACCAGAAAUAACCCCCAAACUUGAGCGACUGGACAGUAAGACAGACCCUGCCAGUAACACAAAACUAAUAGCUAUGAAAACUGAGAAGGAGGAGAUGAGCUUUGAGCCCAGUGACCAGCCUGGCAGUGAGCUGGACAACUUGGAGGAGAUUUUGGAUGAUUUGCAGAAUAGUCAAUUACCACAGCUUUUCCCAGACACGAGGCCAGGCGCCCCUGCUGGAUCAGUUGACAAGCAAGCCAUCAUCAAUGACCUCAUGCAACUCACAGCUGAAAACAGCCCUGUUACACCUGUUGGAGCCCAGAAAACAGCAUUGCGAAUUUCACAGAGCACUUUUAAUAACCCACGACCAGGGCAACUGGGCAGGUUAUUGCCAAACCAGAAUUUACCACUUGACAUCACAUUGCAGAGCCCAACUGGUGCUGGACCUUUCCCACCAAUCAGAAACAAUAGUCCCUACUCAGUGAUACCUCAGCCAGGAAUGAUGGGUAACCAAGGGAUGAUAGGAAACCAAGGAAACUUAGGGAACAGUAGCACAGGAAUGAUUGGUAGUAAUACUUCCCGGCCCACCAUGCCAUCUGGGGAAUGGGCACCGCAGAGUGCUGCAGUAAGAGUCACCUGUGCUGCUACCACCAGUGCCAUGAACCGGCCAGUCCAAGGAGGUAUGAUUCGGAACCCAACGACCAGCAUCCCCAUGAGACCCAGCAGCCAGCCUGGCCAAAGACAGAUGCUUCAGUCUCAGGUCAUGAAUAUAGGGCCAUCUGAACUAGAAAUGAACAUGGGAGGACCUCAGUACAGCCAACAACAGGCUCCUCCAAAUCAGACUGCCCCAUGGCCUGAAAGCAUCUUGCCUAUAGACCAGGCAUCUUUUGCCAGCCAAAACAGGCAGCCAUUUGGCAGCUCUCCCGAUGACUUGCUGUGUCCACAUCCUGCAGCUGAGUCUCCAAGUGAUGAAGGAGCUCUCCUGGACCAGCUUUAUCUGGCCUUGCGGAACUUUGAUGGCCUCGAGGAGAUCGAUAGAGCUUUGGGAAUACCUGAACUGGUCAGCCAGAGCCAAGCAGUAGAUCCAGAGCAGUUCUCCAGUCAGGAUUCCAACAUCAUGCUGGAACAGAAGGCCCCUGUUUUCCCACAGCAGUAUGCGUCUCAGGCACAAAUGGCCCAGGGUAGCUAUACUCCCAUGCAAGAUCCAAACUUUCACACCAUGGGACAGCGGCCUAGUUACGCCACACUCCGUAUGCAGCCCAGACCCGGCCUCAGGCCCACGGGCCUAGUGCAGAACCAGCCAAAUCAACUGAGACUUCAACUUCAGCACCGCCUCCAAGCUCAGCAGAAUCGCCAGCCUCUUAUGAAUCAAAUCAGCAAUGUUUCAAAUGUGAACUUGACUCUGAGGCCUGGAGUACCAACACAGGCACCUAUUAAUGCACAGAUGCUGGCCCAGAGACAGAGGGAGAUCCUGAACCAGCAUCUUCGACAGAGACAAAUGCAUCAGCAACAGCAAGUUCAGCAACGAACUUUGAUGAUGAGAGGACAAGGGUUGAAUAUGACACCAAGCAUGGUGGCUCCUAGUGGUAUGCCAGCAACCAUGAGCAAUCCCCGGAUUCCCCAGGCAAACGCACAGCAGUUUCCAUUUCCUCCAAACUACGGAAUAAGUCAGCAACCUGAUCCAGGCUUUACUGGGGCUACGACCCCCCAGAGUCCUCUAAUGUCCCCCCGAAUGGCACAUACCCAAAGCCCCAUGAUGCAGCAGUCUCAGGCCAACCCAGCCUAUCAAGCCCCAGCAGACAUGAACGGAUGGGCUCAGGGGAACAUGGGCGGAAACAGCAUGUUUUCACAACAGUCCCCACCACACUUUGGGCAGCAAGCAAACACCAGCAUGUACAAUAACAAUAUGAACAUCAAUGUGUCCAUGGCAACCAACUCGGGUGGCAUGAGCAACAUGAACCAGAUGACAGGACAGAUCAGCAUGACCUCAGUGACCUCCGUGCCUACGUCGGGGCUGUCCUCCAUGGGUCCUGAGCAGGUUAAUGAUCCUGCUCUAAGGGGAGGCAACCUUUUCCAAAACCAGCUGCCCGGAAUGGAUAUGAUUAAGCAGGAGGGAGAUGCAUCACGGAAAUACUGCUGACCCUGAAGGUAGCUGGUUGCUUCUUUCUUCAGCUGACCGGGCUCACUUGCUCAAAACACUUAUCAGUCUGGAGAGCUUCGUCUCUUUGUUUUGACCCAACUGACCUGCCCGCCAGUUCUCCCAGAGCACGAUGAGCAGACAGGCCUGGGCCCCUGGCUCCCAGCGAGGAAUUGUGGAGUGCGCUCGGCUGCUGCAGGAGGAGCUGCCUCCUCUCGUCUCAGUCCGAAGCUCACAUCCAGACAGUCGCUCAGUCUGUUCACUGCAUUCACCUUAGUGCAACUUAGAUCUCUCCUGCAAAGUAAAUGUUGACAGGCAAAUUUCAUACCAUGUCAGAUGAAUGUAUUUAAAUGUAUGUAUUUAAGGAGAACCAUGCUCUUGUUCUGUUCCUGUUCAGUUCCAGACACUGGUUUCUUGCUUGUUUUCCUUGGCUAAUCAGUCUAGUGCAAAAAAAAUAAGAUUUCAUCUGGGGGAAAGAAAAGAAUUUUAAAAACAAAUCAAACUUUUUUUAAAUUAAAGCCUGCAUUUGGGAUGGAAGCAGACACUGUGGACAGUGCUAUAUGUACAGACAUACCCAAUAAGUGAAGACCUAUAAAGUCAUAGCUGUUAUGUCUUUGCAGAAAGCUCUAAAGACCAUAUUGGAAAGGGAUUCCCAUUAGUGAACAGAUGAAAAGAAGCCUGUGAGAGGGCUGUUAAUAUUUUAACAAUUAUCUGUUCCAUUUUUUUCUCUCGAGAAGAAAUUUUUUCAUUUCUAAAUUAAGUUCCCUUUAGAUUAAUCAUCUUGAAUUAGUAUCUCCCCUUCCCCUUCUGGUUUUGACUCUUGCCUCCCCCGGUUCCCCCUACUUUUAUUAAUUUUUAAAAAAGAUAACAAACUACAGAAACCAGGUAAGCCCUUUAUUUCCUAAAAUUUUUGCCAGCCACUUAGCAAUUACUAACUAUUGAAUUUCAGAAAGAUGCAUUUACUGGCAAGGAGAGGAGCAAAGGUAAGACUCGAUACCAGUCAAGCUAAGGACACCUGCUUUGGAAGCAUGUGUAUUCUGUUCCCCAGCAACUCUGGCCUCCAGAACAGGAGAAGACACUAUAACUAGUGUAUUGAAAUUGACAGCAGAUAUCACGACAGAUUUAACCUCUGCCAUGUGUUUUUUAUUUUGUUUUUUAGCAGUGCUGACUAAGCCGAAGUUUUGUAAGGUACAUAAAAUCCAGUUUAUAUGUAAACAAGCAAUAAUUUAAGUUGAAAACUUAAGUGUUUUAAUUGUAUAAUUUUUGUGAGGUAUACAUAUUGUGGAAUUGACUCAAAAAAUGAGGUACUUCAGUAUUAAAUUAGAUAUCUUCAUAGCAAUGUCUCCUAAAGGUGUUUUGUAAAGGAUAUCAAUGCCUUGAUUAGACCUAAUUUGUAGACUUCAGACUUUUUAUUUUCUAAACCUUGUGAUUCUGCUCAUAAAUCAUUUAUCUAAUCUAUAUGAUAUGCAGCCGCUGUAGGAACCAAUUCUUGAUUUUUAUAUGUUUAUAUUCUUUCUUAAUGAACCUUAGAAAGACUACAUGUUACUAAGCAGGCCACUUUUAUGGUUGUUUUUCUGCCCACUCUGGUAGGGGAAUAUUUUAUUAAUUGGUGUCAGUUUCAGACAACUGCAAUACCAAGAAACUGAUGACCUUUUUUGAGCUAUUUCUCCCCGACCCCUAAUACACAUACUUUCUUACCUAAAUUUCAGAAUGAUAUCUUUUUGAUGUCUAAAAAGCAAAGCAUUUUAUAAUAUCUCAUUAGCCAGGCUUUUUAGGAACAGAGAAGUUUUUCCUUGAAAUUUGAUUGAUUGUUUAUUUGUGGCAGGGUGAAAAAUGUACAAACUACCCCUAUUUAUAUUUAUAUCUCUCCCUAUAUGCAUGGAUUACGGAAAUAUAGGAAGAGAUAUAACCCAAAGAUAAAUGGUAAGUAGACAGUCUAAAAGUGUUGCUCCAUACUAAAGAAACUUCUGGAAAUUUGCAUUUCGAUAUCUUUUUCCUUUUUGAGAGGGAUCUGAAUACAGGGAGGUGGCCAAGGAACAGCACUUCUCGGCGGCCACCAGUUCACAUGUCCCCUCAAAAGGCUCUACUUUUCUCCACCAAACCAUUGGGUUGCCCAGCUAUGAUGGUAAAUCAAGCAGACGUGGGCCCAGAACUCCAGGACCUCAUCCACACGAUGAGGUUCACGUGGCGCACAGUUUCGUGUGACCAGUUUUGAGUUAAUUUUUGGAACUAUGUGAGUUAGAAUGACUUUAACUUCACACAGCACAAAAGAGAAAAUGGAGUUUAAACCGGAUUUAUUUUAAGUCCCUUUUCACUACACCAUCCAAAAAUAACUACGUAUCUUUCAUUUUUUAUCCAUCUGCCCACUGUGUUUUAACAUCAAUCCGAGUUGGACAAAUCUGCAGAUCUGUGAUACUGGCAGUUCAGAAUAACUCGUGAUCAUUACUGUCUUGAAGGAAAAGAGAUAAUAAAUGCUCUUAGGGUUCAGAUCAGGUAAUGGAUUUUGUUUUACAUCUAAUUAGGAGAAGAAAAUAAGUAAAGGAAUUCUCUGAUCAUAUUGAUCACUAUAGAAGCAAAAGCCAAAUCAAUUCCCUUCAUUAUCAGUAUUUCUCAUGCUGUACACAAUAAAUUUGUUAGACUGAGUACUUGGUUUUUGUUUAAGAGAACAAAUAAUCAGUGUUUUACUUAUAUUACUAAAUGUGAAAAACAUAAUGUGAAAAGUAUACAUACCUUAACUUGGUUAUAAAACCCAUUUAAGUGUUCAUGUAAUGUGGUAAGUUUAAAAAGUGAAGUGAGUUGUUUUACUACAAUGAAUUCAUUUGACUCAAAGAUUAAAAUGCCCCUCUCCCCACGUGUAUCUCUUAUGGCCUGUAAUAAUUGAAAGCAAUGUUUUUGCAGUUUAUAUAAUGCAAUUUUUAAUCUGUGUUUAAAAAUGGAGUUCAUAUGGGCUUAACACAUGAAUUGGGUGGCACAGAUCCACUUGCAGAACCCAAAGAUACACAAUCAAUUUUGAAAUGCAACUUAAGCCAUUAAUUGUUGGUGUGAAUUUAAAAUUUUCUAGUGUUUGUAUGGUAGUAUGCUGCCUAAGAGCAAAGCAUUCUCUGCACAAAAGAAAAUUACUGUAGUGGCUUCGAUUUUAAUUAGAAUUUUCUCCCUGGUGUUUCUUUAUAGACUAAAACAAAAUCUUUUAAGUUUCUUACUACAGGUAAAAGCUAUGUGCAAGAACCUCAAAAUGCUAAAAUCUAGCAUAAUGCCUUAGAUCUGUUUUUAAGUCUUGUAUAUUCCUACAUAGCUGUCCAAUGUAUUAUAUUUGUAUAGUGAAUUGUGUACAAUUUUUGAAUAAGUGCAUCAUCACUUAAUCUUUAUGUUAUUGAAUAGUGAUGAUGAUACAUUUCUUCAAACAUUUAACUGUCAUUUUUUUUCCUUUGUCAUUUGUGGGUUUUAUUUGUACAGUUCCUCAUAAAGUUGCAUCUGAGAUGUGUGUAUAUGAAAAGAUUAUACAAGGGUAAAAUUAAGCAAUAUAUUAACUAUGGUUCUUCAGGAGAAAGCUUACAGUGUUUCAGGUUGUGAUUUAUUUUCAGAACGGAGUUGACUCUGAACAUCACUUUGUUCACCUGCAUUGAUGUUUGUAUUUCUAGUGUGAGCAGUUUAUGCAAAGGUAGAUAUAUUCAGAGAAAUUUUAAAUACAUUUAUGCAAGUUAAUAUUGCUUUGCUGAUGCUAUUUGCUUAUUUGAUGUUAAAUAAUGCUAUUGUAAAUAAAGAAUUCUGUUGUUAUUGCAUCAUUUAAUAAAUUUUAAUGCCUUCGGGUUUUACAUGGC